AUGCCUAUGCUCGCUGAUCCAUCGCAGAGGUACCUGCCCUUCAACCCUGUACCCUUCCCCAACCGAACAUGGCCUGACAAGGUGAACAAGAAAGCACCUAUCUGGUUGAGUACCGAUCUCAGAGACGGUAACCAGACCAUGACGAAUCAACAAAAACUACGCUUCUUCAGACAUUUGAUCCAGAUUGGCUUCAAAGAAAUUGAGGUUUCCUAUCCAGCUGCUUCUGAUACCGACUUUCAAUUCUGUCGUGAUUUACAGAACAAUGGCGAGGUCCCUGAUGAUGUGUGGAUCCAAGUCUUAACACCAGCACGUUCUGAUCUCAUAAAAAGAACCUUCGAAGCCGUCGCUGGUCUCAAACAUGUCAUCAUCCAUAUGUACAAUGCCACCUCAUGUCUUUUCCGAGAGGUGGUUUUCAACAACGAUCGUGCAGAAACCAUCAAACUCGCUUCUGAUCAUACUCGUCUCGUUCGAGAGCUCGCUGAGCAAUACGCUGCUUCUCAUGGCACGAGUUUCCGUUUCGAAUAUUCUCCCGAAACCUUCUCCCAAACCGAAACGCCCUAUGCCGUUGAAGUGUGUGAGGCUGUGAAGAAGACAUGGCUUGCCGGAGAAAAGAGUGUUUGGGCAGAUGGUCGUAAAGAAGAGAGAAUCAUUUUUAACCUUCCCGCAACUGUAGAAGUCGCAACGCCCAACUGCUUCGCUGAUCAAGUGGAAAUUUUCUGCAAUACUAUUUCUGAGAGAGAGAAGUGCAUCAUCAGUCUACAUACUCACAACGACAGAGGUGAGUUAUUUGCAAAGACGGACAUCGCUGAUAUCUUAGGCUGCGCUGUCGCCGCCGCUGAGCUCGGUGUUCUUGCUGGGGCCGAUCGAAUCGAAGGUACUGUACUCGGUAACGGUGAACGUACCGGUAAUGUCGAUUUGGUCACUCUCGGUCUCAACUGCUACUCUCAAGGAAUCCCGCCAAAUCUCGAUUUCUCUGACAUGUUCUCCGUCAUUGAUACCGUCACCGAAUGCACUGGUCUGCCUGUCCACCCUCGACACCCAUACGCGGGAGAGCUCGUUUUCACCGCUUUCUCCGGAAGUCACCAAGACGCCAUCAAGAAAGGAUUCGAAGCACAAACUCGACGAGAGAAGGCUGGCGACAAGGUCUGGAGCAUGCCGUACUUGCCUAUUGACCCUGCCGAUGUUGGCUGCACGUACGAGGCUGUCAUCCGAGUCAAUUCACAAUCUGGAAAAGGAGGUAUCGCAUAUAUCGUCAAAUCAGCUCUUGCUCUCGAUCUUCCCCGUCGUAUGCAGAUCGCCUUCUACAAGGUUGUUCAAGAUAGAUCAGAGACUACUGGUAAAGAGAUGACUUCGAAGGAUAUUACCACAGCUUUCCGACAGACUUAUCACCUCGGUGGAUCUAUUUAUGAUGGUCGACUUGUGCUAAAGUCCUUCGUCACUGUCGAUAUUCGAUCUGCGACACCUUCGGUUGUGGGCAGCCCUGAUCGAUCUCGAGCCCAUAGCCGAGUGGCUUCUCUUCAAAACGCCGUUGUGGAGGCUAGUCCCGAUAGAAGUCUCGACAGCAAUUUACCUUCAGCUUCCAAGAGACUCACUGCCAAAGUCCUCAUCGACGGUACCCUUCGUGAGGUCUCUGGAGAAGGGAACGGUCCCCUCUCGUCUUUCCUCGAUGCUCUACAAGGCGACCUUGGCAUCGCGCUCUCAAUCAGAGAAUACACCGAACACGCCGUCGGAGCCGGUUCCGAUGUCAAAGCUGCUACAUACGUGGAACUGAUACCACCAAAUGUCGAUGCCAAGGACAAGACUAAAGGAGGGUUCUGGGGAGUUGGUGUUGACGCCGAUAUCACUGCGAGUGGUUUGAAAGCGGUCAUCAGUGCCGCUAACGGCUAUCUAGGUCAGAGCCCUAUCCAGGUACCCGAAAAUGCAUAG